AUGCCUUUCUUUACUGAAGCGUCUUUUAUAGACUUUCUAGACCAAUUCAGAAACCAAUCAAGAGACAAUUGGGAAUUUUACUUAAAGACAGAUGAAUUCAGUAUUUAUCGUCAGCCAGUGCUUGAUAAAGGUUUAUACCGAUAUCGAUCGAUUGGGAUCUGGGAUGAUAUAAGGCCAGACACAUUAGCCAAGGUCUAUCUUGAUCUUGAUUAUAGGAAGCAGUGGGAUAAGAAUAUGGAGUCCUAUACACUAUUUGACUUUGAAGACGAGAUAGCCACUCAUUUCCAUAUGAAAUAUCCGUGGCCAUUAGCUCAUCGGGAUUAUACGUAUAUCAUUGAAAAUAGAAUCGUCAUAAGGGAUGAUAAAGAAUAUCAAGUCAUUUUGGGCCAAUCUUUACCUUUGGAUUGUUAUCCUGAACAAAAAAACGUAAUUCGUAUUGACAGCUAUGAACAACAUAUAUGCAUCACAUCACAUUACAAUGGCUGUUGUGUGUUGAUGGACUACUUUGAAGAUCCUAAAGGCAAUAUCCCAAAAUCUGUAGUAAAUUGGGCUGCAAAGACAGGUGUGCCCACUUUUAUGAACAAUCUAAAAAAUGCCUGUCAACAGUCUGAAAAGGCAUCAUUUCCUCUUUGA